CUCCGCGGGGCUGGGCUGGGCUGGGCUCCGGGCAGAGGGAAGAAAGGGAGACGCGCAAGACUGGCUGCUUCUCCCCUUCCUGCCGUUGCGGAGAGAGAAAUCGCUUCCUCGCCGCGCCCUCCCCCGCGGACCUUUUCCCCACUCCCCACCCCCGCUUCCCUUCUUGGUGACCGCCUUGAUUUGGGCUUCGAGCAUUAAUUUUUAUUAUUAAUCUAACUAUUAUUUUUCUCUUGUGGUGGAGAGGUCGGGGAGCAGUUGCUGCACGGCAGACAAUAGCGAUACAGCAGCUGCCCCGCUCCUCUGGAACAAAAAAAAAGGGGGGGGGAACAAAAAAAUUCAAUAUAAUUAACAUUAUUCAAUAAAUAAUUUGGGGAGCGAUUUCACAAGAUGUCUUAUCAAGGGAAGAAAAACAUUCCGCGGAUCACGAGUGAUCGUCUUUUGAUCAAAGGUGGUAAAAUAGUUAAUGAUGACCAGUCUUUCUAUGCAGACAUCUACAUGGAAGAUGGGUUGAUAAAGCAAAUAGGAGAGAACCUGAUUGUGCCAGGGGGAGUGAAAACUAUUGAAGCCCAUGGCAGAAUGGUGAUUCCUGGAGGGAUUGAUGUGCACACCCGUUUCCAGAUGCCAGAACAGGGGAUGACAUCUGCUGAUGACUUCUUCCAAGGGACCAAGGCUGCACUGGCUGGGGGCACCACCAUGAUAAUUGAUCAUGUGGUUCCUGAGCCAGGGACCAGUUUGCUGACUGCCUUUGACCAGUGGCGAGAAUGGGCAGACAGCAAAUCCUGCUGUGACUACUCUCUGCAUGUGGAUAUCACUGAGUGGCAUAAAGGUGUCCAGGAGGAGAUGGAAGCUCUGGUUAAAGAUCAUGGUGUGAACUCCUUCUUGGUUUACAUGGCUUUCAAAGAUCGCUUCCAGCUAACUGACUCUCAGAUAUAUGAAGUCCUGAGUGUAAUCCGGGAUAUUGGUGCGACAGCUCAAGUGCAUGCAGAGAAUGGUGACAUCAUUGCUGAGGAGCAGCAAAGGAUCCUGGAACUGGGGAUCACAGGCCCUGAAGGGCAUGUGUUGAGCAGACCUGAAGAGGUGGAGGCAGAAGCUGUGAACCGGGCAAUAACCAUUGCAAACCAAACCAACUGCCCCCUUUAUAUCACCAAGGUGAUGAGCAAAAGUGCUGCUGAUGUCAUUGCUCAAGCCAGGAAAAAGGGCACUGUGGUGUAUGGAGAGCCCAUCACAGCCAGCUUGGGUACCGACGGGUCUCAUUACUGGAGCAAGAACUGGGCUAAGGCAGCUGCUUUUGUCACUUCUCCACCACUGAGUCCUGACCCAACCACUCCUGAUUUUCUCAACUCACUACUGUCCUGUGGAGACCUCCAAGUUACUGGCAGUGCCCACUGCACCUUCAACACUGCUCAGAAAGCUGUUGGAAAGGACAACUUCACCCUGAUCCCUGAAGGAACGAAUGGGACUGAAGAGAGGAUGUCCAUCAUCUGGGAUAAGGCUGUGGUGACUGGCAAGAUGGAUGAAAACCAGUUUGUCGCUGUGACCAGCACGAACGCAGCUAAAAUCUUUAACCUCUACCCCCGCAAGGGCCGCAUUGCCGUGGGCUCCGAUGCUGAUCUCGUCAUCUGGGAUCCUGACAGUGUCAAGACAAUCUCUGCCAAGACUCAUAACAUAUCUCUGGAGUACAAUAUCUUUGAAGGCAUGGAGUGCCGUGGGUCUCCUCUGGUGGUUAUCAGCCAGGGGAAGAUCGUGCUGGAGGAUGGGAACCUGCACGUCACGGAGGGGUCUGGGCGCUACAUCCCCAGGAAGCCGUUUCCUGACUUCGUAUACAAGCGCAUCAAAGCAAGGAGCAGGCUGGCUGAGCUGCGGGGUGUGCCUCGAGGCCUCUAUGAUGGACCUGUCUGCGAAGUGUCAGUGACACCGAAGACUGUCACACCAGCGUCUUCAGCUAAGACAUCUCCUGCCAAACAGCAGGCCCCACCUGUGAGGAACCUGCAUCAGUCUGGAUUCAGCUUGUCUGGGGCACAGAUUGACGACAACAUCCCACGCCGCACAACCCAGCGCAUCGUGGCACCGCCCGGGGGUCGUGCCAACAUCACCAGCUUGGGCUAAGGACCAACCGCUUCUCGGACUGGGGCACGGGGGCACCUGGAGACCCAUUCUGAUUCUUUUAGAGCCUGUGACAGUUACUGUGGGCAACCGGUGAGGGGGGUGCUGAAGUAAGGCUUUCAAUCCCCUCGGAUUCCCUUCUCAUUUUCAUCAGCCCCUCUCACUUUUCCCCUCAGCUCCUACACAUUUAAAGAAACAAACCCUGUUUUGACACAUCUGACAUGCAAAAAGUACAUGUAAAGAGGAUGUUUGAGAUACGUGGCCUCUGUCCCAUUCAUCAUCUUUCUUUUAAUAAAGGAAGCAUAAAGUGAAUUUCCCAGGAGCUGCCUUUAAGACACACACACAGGAAUAUAUUAUACUAAAUGUUAAAGAUAGCUUUUCUUUUUUUCCUUUUUUUUCUUAUUUUUGAUGUCACACCACAGAGUAGUUCAAGGGUGUCAAACUGGAUAUUCUGUAGGGUUCUGUGUUCUAGCAGGAUAGCUAGGUGGGCACAGAGGGAAGCAAUCCCAGCCUGUCCAACCCCCAGCACCACCUUGGAGGUCACUGAGUAACUGCCUGCUGCCAGAGAGAGGAAGCAGGACCCAUCACUGGGAAGUGCCCAAUCACACCAUCCCCCAGCCAUUGGCUGAGCUAGAAUCCUUGACUUUGCUUCUGUUGCUUUGGGUUUUCAUUUAAUUUUUCCUUCUGGAUUUUGCUGCAAAUCAGGAAACUUCUGUCAUUGGUGGGGCUUUUUUAUGUUUGCCUGUGUGUUUUUAGUAAGUCUGUGUCAUGGAAUUUACAAAAGCCUUAGCUGAGAACUGGAGGUUUCCCUUUUCUUCCCUGUUGUUCCUAAACCUCAUUCAAAUCACAGACUGUCACCAGUGUCACUGCCACAGCCACUGUGGUAUUUCAGGUGUUUCUAGGUUGCAUCGUUCCAGCCAACACUUCCCACUUAGCUGCAAUGGGAGGUUGCAGAGCAGGUUCAUAAGCUAUGAUCUUCACUUCAGUGUACUAUAGGUCUUGAACUGGUGCAAAUAAAGGGGCUGGAUUCCAGCUGAGGAGCUGGGAUGGUGUCUCUUGGUAAGUUUCUAGCAGCUAGUUUGUCUUCUGUUCCCAGAAGUGAAAAUCCAUAAGAAGGGGGCCACAAAGAGCAACAUGUUGCUUGAAAGAUUUCUGUAGCAGUCAUGUUCCCCCUUCCUGGCCAUCUAAGUUCUCAUCAGAAGGCUGGUCGACUGAGUGUUUGCCCAAGCAUCUAUGGCAAUUCCAGUUCCAGUCCAGAUGCCCAGAUGAUGUAAACUGGGAGCCUCAGAGCAGCUCCAUGGUUUAACAGCAGCUGAGAAUCUCUCAUGGCCAGUGCAAAUGAUGCAAUUGCACAUUUCUUCAAGAAUCUUCCCUUGUGCAAAUAUUCAGAAGGCCUGGUGGUUCCCCAUCCUUCCUCAGAUGCCUGCUGCCCCAGAUUUGAGACCAAAGCCCAUGGGUGGUCCUUAAAUGAAUUUGGAAUCUUCUGUGGCAGUCAGUGGGACCUGGGUGCUUAACUGUCUUCUGGGAUGGAAGGUCUUUUAGCCCUGGUGUUGGAGGUUUAUCAUUUUUGGGACACAGAAUAAAUCUGGACCAUUAAAUUCCCACUUAGCUAGAGUCCUAGGUGGUCCCAAGGACUUGUCUCUUAGCAUAAAGAGCUUUUCUACCCACAGUUAACACAGCGUUACUUCCACUGUCUGUGUGCCCUGGCACUUGCCUGCAUCUUCUGCUUUCUCUUCUCUUUGUACUUUGCCACCUACAUUGACCUUGGUUUUCCAUAUCUGAAUUCUCUUAAAUGGUAUUUACAGGUUCUUUUAGGGGAAAAAAAAUAAAACAACCUAUGUAUGUGAAGGCUUUUGAGAAACAAGUAUAAAAUUUGGGUUUAGGAGGUAUUAAUGCUGGGAUUUGUAAAGGAUCUGGAAGCUUCUUAGUAACCCAGAGCCUCCCAGCUUCAGCACCUGAUUCCUUUGGGCCCCUUUCAGCACAAAAGUUCAGUAAAGUCAUUGCCAUGCCUCUUGUGUCUUUUAGUUUUGCGUAAGAGUUUUGCACUUUAAGUAAUCUGUGAACUUAAUUAUAUAUUGCAGCUUUUUUCUUUUGGUUGUUUUUUUGUUUGUUGUUUUUGUUGGGUUUUUUGGUGGGGUUUUUUGUUUGGUU